CAUGACUUUAAAAAUCAAAAGCGUUUAAAUGUAAAUGUUGUGAUUUAUGUAACCAAAAGCUGUUUUGUAUUUUUGUUUAUUGGUUUGUGUUUUACAUUAUGUAUUCUAAAUCUACAAAAGUCCAAAACAAAAGGCAUAAACUCUUACAAAAUGAACUACUUAAUUAUAAUUCUCGUGAGUAUUGGAAAAACCUCUUUUCCAAAUUAGAAUCAGAAGUUUUAAAGCCGGACUUACUAUCUAUUGAGGAUUUGAAACUGAUAACAGAUUCGAUAACUUUCGACACUUUAUAUUCUAUUUUAUUCGAAAAUAUCAAUGCCGGAGUUACUAGGCCGCGACCUAAAGUUUUAUGCACCUCCAAAUUAUUUAAAAAGAAUAUAUCAAAGAAAUUAGAGCCUUCGGACGAUAGUUUAAAAGUCCUUGAGUCUGGAAUUUCAGUGGAAUCAAAGAGGUCGACACGAAGUGCAAUGGUAGUAAGUAUUAACGAAGAAGAAGAGUCCGAUGACGAUGAAGAUUGGGAUGUAACUACAGAGACAGGUACCCAGCUUCUAGAAAAUCCUUCUAAUUUCUAUAGAACAGCAGAAGAAGAAAAUGUUCAAGCAGAUAUUAAACAAAGAAGAAUUUCGCGAAGAUUGACUAGACCCGAUGCUUUAUUCGAUUUUGAUGAUUUUGUAGAACCAGAAUUUGUAAAGGAAACAAUUUUAGAGAAACAAUAUUUUAAAAUAUAUAAGAAUUUCAUGACUAAACCAACAAAUAAAGUAAGAAUAUGGAGACCACAACCUCUGCCUACAUACGAAAAUAUGGAUUUGUGUCAAAAGGCUGAAUAUGUCACUGAACAGAUUGCUACUAAUUUUAUUAAUUGGAUGAACACAUUAAAUAAAAAUUAUCCUGUAUCCAUUACUACGGAGAACCUUAUAAAAAUGUUUGAAAUUGGAUCACAAAAUCAAUUAGCAAGCACCUUAGAUAUGAAAAUGGAGGAAAUGCCUACACUUCCUAGAAGAAUAGCUCAUUUAAGAAAUGUGCCCCAUUUGGCUAAAGAAGAGGUGCUUAGACAGCAGAUCGAGCGGGACAUCUUAGCUGCGAAGAGGGCUCCGAAAAUUUUUGUAUUCGGUUCACGAUUGCCUGCGGAAGAGCAAAUUCGGCCACAUUUAAACGAAACAGCUGCUCAGUGGCACAAAACAUCUUCUGAUAAAAAAAGAGGAAUGGAAGAAAUGUGGAAAGGAAUCACUCAUCUCAGAUCAACAAAGGAGUAUUGCAAGUACAUGAAAACAGUAAAAACUAAAGUUGAACCUCCACAGUAUUUGGUACAAAAGGGACUAUUCAAAGAAACUCGAGAUGACUCUUCAUCUUCCAGUAGCUCGGAAUCAGAAUCAUAAUUAUGUAUUUCCUUAUAUGAACAAUAUCAUAAAUGCAUGUUACAGCCAUCCAUUAUUGAGAAAAGUUAUCGUAAUUUUGUGAAGUAAAUUUCUAUUUUAAAAUAUUUUAGAGUCGAUAAUAGAUGGCGCAAAAAUGCAUAUGUGUCAGAGACCUCUAACGUUGAAUAGAAAUAAAUGAAAAUUAAAGGAAACAUUAUCGAAAUUUUUUAGAAAUCAAAUAAACUAAUUUUCUAAAUAUA